UCAUGCUGCUGCCAGGUCCAGAGUGUGUCAUGGGUCCCUGUACGGCCUCCCAUUGCUGCUGUCUCCAUCGCCACACUCUGCCAUGUGCCACUUUCAGGUCUCCUCACACUGCUGUUGUGUUCCAUUUUUUGUCAUAGGGUGCUGGCAGAUUACGGGCCUCCCAUUGCUGCUGCCAGGCCCGUAAUCUGCCAUGGGCCCCUGUACCGCCUCCUCAUGCUGCUGCCAGGUCCAGAGUCUCUCAUGGGUCCCCUGUACGGCCUCCCAUUGCUGCUGUCUCCAUCGCCACACUCUGCCAUGUGCCACUUUCAGGUCUCCUCACACACUGCUGGUGUGUUCCAUUUUUUG